AUGAGGAAGACGUGUCUGGGCGUCCGAGUGCGGGUCCCGGAGGUUGUGUCAAAUGCGGCUGGACAGGGGGUUGCCAUCACUGGGAACAACACUUUCAACAACUGGAAUUGGCCUAACGCUGUGAUCUUUGCUGCUACUGUGAUCACUACAAUCGGUUACGGAAAUGUUUCUCCAAAGACACCCUCUGGGCGUCUCUUCUGCAUAUUUUAUGGGCUCUUUGGAGUUCCUCUCUGCUUGACGUGGAUCAGUGCUCUGGGGAAGUUCUUUGGAGGACGUGCCAAGAGGCUGGGCCAGUUUCUGACAAAAAGAGGAGUAAGCCUGAGGAAAGCACAAAUUACAUGCACAGCUAUUUUCAUUGUUUGGGGUGUCUUGGUCCAUCUGGUUAUUCCUCCCUUUGUCUUUAUGGUGACUGAAGGAUGGGAUUACAUUGAAGGCCUCUAUUUCUCAUUCAUCACUAUCACCACCAUAGGAUUUGGAGAUUUUGUUGCUGGGGUAAAUCCAGAUGCAAACUAUCAUGCCCUUUACAGAUAUUUUGUGGAGUUGUGGAUCUAUCUGGGACUAGCUUGGCUUUCACUCUUUGUUAACUGGAAGGUCAGUAUGUUUGUGGAAGUCCACAAAGCGAUCAAGAAACGGAGGAAAAAAAGAAAAGAGUCAUUUGACAACCAUCCUCGAUCUAAAAAACCCCUUCAAAUGGGUACCUCAAAGGAUGUCAACAUUUUCAGCUUCCUUUCAAAGAAGGAAGAGACCUACAAUGAUCUUAUUAAGCAAAUUGGGAAAAAGGCCCUGAAGACAAACAGUGACAAAAUUAUUAAAGUAGAAAAUACUAAACAAAAUAUGCAGAAUGCCAGUAUAGAUGCCCAGGUGACUUACACAAAGACAGAGUCAUUUGAGUAUGAUGAGGCUUCCCUGGACAUUCAGAAUGGUCACGUACUGAGACCUCUGCAUGAUAAACGUCUUGGAGACAGCCCUCUAGAAGGAACCAUGUUUGUAAACCAGCUAGACAGGAUUAGUGAAGAAGAAGGUGAAGUGUGGGAUUCCAGAGACUAUCGACCCUUAAUAUUUGAGAAUGCCAAUAUAACAUUUGUAAAUGAAGAGGAUGAUGAAGAGGAGGAUAUCUCAGAUGAUGAGGAAACAUCAAAAUCCUCCAUGGAUGACAAUCUUGCAGAGGAAUCUGAAACUGCAAAAAAGCUGGUAAAAUUCCCAUCCUCUGAUGAAUCUACCUUUACCAAUAACGAGCUAGAACUUUCUGUGCCUUAUGAACAACUGAUGAAUGAGUAUAACACAGUAAGCAAUGUGAAGGCUGCAACGUGA